UAGGCGCCUGCGACAUUUUAAGAGGGCUUGGUGCUUCUAGAGUAAUUUUCACGAGGUUUUAAGAGGGCUCGGUACUUCCUAGAGUGAUUUCAGGCGCCUAUGAGAGUACAAGAGGCUCGGUGCCUCUAUCCUGCUGCACCUGGGAUUACGAAGGCUAUCGUCAAUGCGGUAAAGCCCAAAGAGAAGGAGGGAAACCGUGCGGGCACGUGAAAAGCUAUUUGAUCAGCGACAAUGAGGAAAAGUAACCUUCCUUCCAUCACGGAGAAACUAGCAAUUUCGGUGAUUAGAAUCACAGCAGAGCCAGAAUCCAACCGAAACAAGUGAUUCGGUCUUCCAUGUCGUAAGCCAGAAGGCAAACGCAACUUAUGCAUUAUGUGUCCAUGACUUCACAAAUCUUGCAGAAAAGCCAACUGCUCCAUCAUGAUGAGAUGGAGUUGAGAUGUGCGUAGAGUCCACAGGACAAGAUGGAUUGUAACUCAAGUUCAAGCCGAGCAUCUAAGUUGUCAAUUUUCAGAUGUAAGAGGUGGGGGAGAGCGUGACUGGCAUCGGUAAGUGGGCCGUGGUUCCACUUUAGACUCCUAUUGACAGGAGGAGUGAAUGAGUUGGCUGAUCUUAACCAAAGGCAUCGCGGGUUCGUUUCCCCAUGACCACCUUGCUUUAAGAAAGAAAUAAAUGAGAAAAGUAUCUGAGAUAUGACGGGCAGAUUCAUAGCCUCCAAGGGAAGAUCUUCAGGGACGUUGGUGAGUCUCACAUCUUCAAAAGUAAAGGUGAACGGAUGUGGCAGUGGUUAAAGGAGUUCACAAGAACCAGGUUUUUGUCUUCGACGUGAGCUCUCUCUCUCUCCCUUCCUCUCUCUCUGCUGCAUCGAUGCUAAAAAGGAAGAAAGAAACUGGAUACAUGCUGAAAGUGGUUCGGAGAUCAACCACAGAAUGGCACGGCGAACACCAUCCAUUCAUCUUGAAGAACGAUCACUAGCCACUUCACAAAUUUGUGUAUGAAGCAGAGGAUCGGCUUUCUGGUGGGACGCUGCCUAUUUGGUGCCUGAAGUUGCACUAGUCUCUGGUGGGCAAAUGAUGACGCUGCAGAGUUCCAAAUCUGUGAGGUUUCAGGAUGAUCCUGAAGUGGCUGAUUUGACAAGAUGUAAAUCAGAUAGCAUGGUUAAGCUGACAUUCAGAAUAGAUGGGACUCAAAUACCAGUAUCAUGUCCUAAGAAGGUCGAUCAGCAAGUUCCUAAAAUCAGCGAUCAGCAAGGUCUCAAAAGCUCGGGGAAGUCAUUAAAAUCAAAAGUUCUUUCCCGGGUGUUUUCUGAGGAUUACGAAAGAGUAAAAAGAAAAAUAUUGGAUCCUAGAGGCACUCUCCUGCAACGUUGGAAUAAAGUUUUUCUAGUGGCCUGUUUAAUUUCUCUUUUUGUGGAUCCCCUCUUCUUCUACUUACCUGGCACUGAAGGAGCAUGUAUAGAAAUUGAUACGGCCCUUGAGAUUGUCCUCACCAUUGUGCGUUCAAUAGCAGAUAUGUUUUAUGUGAUUCAUAUUUUUAUUCGCUUCCGGACAGCAUAUAUUGCCCCUUCCUCUCGUGUAUUUGGAAGAGGUGAACUUGUCAUCGAGCCAUCCAAAAUUGCAUCGAGGUAUCUACAAAAGGAAUUCUGGGUUGAUCUGAUUGCUGCAUUACCACUUCCUCAGGUUUUGAUAUGGGUUGCAAUACCCAGUUCAAACGGUUCCACACUGGCUAAUACAAAGAAUGUACUUCGCUUCAUUAUCAUAUUUCAAUAUCUUCCAAGGCUAUUCUUGAUUGUUCCACUAUCGUCUCAAAUUGUGAAGACAACUGGAGUUGUGACCGAGACAGCAUGGGCUGGUGCUGCCUAUAAUUUGAUGUUAUACAUGCUUGCAAGCCAUGUGCUAGGAGCCUCUUGGUACCUCCUUGCAAUCGAGCGUGAUGUGUCAUGCUGGGAAAAAGUAUGCAACGCUCAGGGCCCAUGCCAGUACAGAUUCUUGGACUGCCGAAGGAUGGACAAGAGCAUGGAGGCUCUCAGACAGUCAUGGGUUCAAUCAAGUAAGGUUACGCUGCUAUGCAGUCCCAAUAGUAACUUUUAUGAGUAUGGAAUCUAUGGAGAUGCGUUAAACUCAGGAGCAACAUCUUCAAAGUUUUUCAACAAGUACUUCUAUUGCCUGUGGUGGGGACUGCAAAAUCUCAGCUGUUUGGGACAAAACCUUCAGACAAGCACUUUCGUGGGAGAGAUCAGCUUCGCGAUUCUGAUUGCUGUUCUUGGCCUUGUGCUGUUUGCCUUAUUAAUUGGGAACAUGCAGACGUACUUGCAGUCGACGACGGUGAGGCUGGAAGAGUGGAGGAUCAAGAGAACGGACACGGAGGAGUGGAUGAGGCACAGGCAGCUUCCCCCGGAUUUAAAGCAAUGCGUGAGGAAGUAUGAUCAGUACAAGUGGGUGGCAACCAGAGGGGUGGACGAGGAAGCCAUCCUCAAGGGCCUCCCCGUCGAUCUGCGCCGAGACAUCAAGCGCCAUCUCUGCCUCGACCUCGUUAGACGAGUGCCGCUGUUUGACCAGAUGGACGACCAGAUGCUGGAUGCGAUCUGCGAGCGGCUGAAGCCCGCACUGUGCACCAACGGAACUUGCCUCGUCCGCGAGGGUGACCCCGUCAACGAGAUGCUUUUCGUCAUCCGGGGCCACCUGGACAGCUACACGACCAACGGCGGGCGCACCGGCUUCUUCAACUCCUGUAGGCUGGGCCCCGGCGAUUUCUGCGGCGAGGAGCUGCUAACAUGGGCGCUCGACCCGCGGCCCAGCGUCAUCCUCCCGUCGUCUACACGGACGGUGAGGGCGCUGGUCGAGGUGGAGGCCUUCGCCCUCCGCGCCGACGACCUCAAAUUUGUCGCCGCCCAGUUCCGCCGCCUCCACAGCAAGCAGCUGCAGCAUACGUUCCGCUUCUACUCCCACCAGUGGCGCACCUGGGCCGCCUGCUUUAUUCAGGCCGCAUGGCGCCGAUUCAAAAGGCACAGGGCCGUCGCCGAGCUCCAGCGCUUGGAGAGCCCCGGCUCCGCCGACUCCGACACCCCUAACCAGCCGGAGACUCCCGCCCUCGGCAUCGCGGUCCGGGCCGCUGCCCGACUGGCGGCGAGCGCCAGGUGGAGUGCUGUGGCUUUCGGAGGUGGCGCGUCGGAAUCCUCGUCAGGCGGUGUCGUUGCCGUCCAGAAGCCCAAGGAUCCUGACUUUUCUGUGGAGGAAGAGGACGAAUGACUUCGCAUCCAACCUGCCUGCCUUCAAGUUCUUUUAAACGUUCGUCCUUUCUUUCUCUUCGUCUUCGUUGAUGAAGACGCGGACCGACAAGCGACGGUUGGUGGCAUUAGUGCAGUUCUUCUUACCCGAUUGGGACUUGGUCUUAGUGGGUAGGAGUGUAAAGAAGAAGAUAUAUAGUUGUUUUCUUUGGGGGAAAGUAGAAAACCAGAUUGUACGUCUGGUAGUUCCACAAAUGUCGACGUUGGAUAUCCUCUGGCGUUUUGUACUUUGGUCCAGAAUCGUCGUGUUUUUCACAUGCCCAUGAAUAUAGAAGCCAUAGUUAUCCGGAGCUCAGCAACGCUGGAUUUGUUUUUCAUUCAU